GGGCCCGAGACGAAGCGAAAGAGCACGCAUUGUUGUUUCUCACAACGCCCGGAUACUGGGGUCCACGACACUUGUUUUCGUUGGGUGGGGGUCCCCCGUCGUUCUGAAGCCCAUUGUUGGCUCAAAUAUGCCAUGGCCGAUGUUUUAGACGAGAUCGCUGUCGCCCUGCGAGACUUGAGUGAUGGCGGCGUCCCCAACGAGGAUCCACUCCUCGGGCAGCUCAUGCCGGCCUUGCGCCAGCUUCCCAAGGAGAAAUACGUGCAGCGUGGACAUCUUCUUCUGCGGAGCCUUGCUGCCCAGGACCCAGUCUCAUGCUCUUCGAAGACGCCCAAGAAUACGUGGCUUCAGUAUGUUCAAGAACAGCGAUUGGGAGGUCGGGCAAGCUUGGCCGAGAUCGGGGCUAAAUGGCAUGCAUUACCGGAGGCGGAGGUGGCGGCAGUGGAGGCACGGCGGCAGCUUCGCCAGCAGCGCCAGCCACCCGCGCAAGUGCGCCCAUCGGAUUCGCGACCUGCAUGGCCUCAUUGCGGCGACCAGUUUUACCCGAUUAGCUUAGAGAACCUGGUCGGCGUCAACCAGCGGGUGCAGGGGCUCUCCAGACAGUGGGCGAGUGCGGUUGGGGACGGAGUGGUGCGCCCUUGUGCUCGGAUCCACGCCCCAGUAAAGAAGCUAUGCUCUGCAUUCAUGGAGCGGGGAUGCUGCAGGGGCAAAUGCCCAGCUGCCGAAUUCGGUCGUUUGAUGCAUUGGCAACGCUUCCUCAGAGACUGGUGCCGCCUGGUGGUGCUGAGAAACUUCAAAUGGGAUUCCACGUGGGAUCAGCUCGGCUUCAUGUACGUCGGUGCCCGAGAGGAUGGCGCUCGAGGAAGCGAUGAUCCAGAGCCAGGGCACAUCGUCGUUUGUUUGGAUGCGGACAUGUCUGACUUCCAGGCCGCCUUGGUGAUGCAUGGGCAUGGUCCACCUGCGAUUGGAGAUAUCAUCGACCUGAACUUGCGCUUUGACACCUUGACAGACCACCGUACUUUUCCAAGGGCGAUGGUAGCCGCGGAGGCCCGGAACGACGACGAGUUGGUCACGCUCCAAAUCAACUACACCCAGGUUGGCCUAUUGCGGUAUCGAGUUGAUGGCUUGGAGGACGUGGCUGCCAAGACCGCAGAGGACUCGGCUGCUCGAGCUCGUGACCGCGAGCUGAGGAAGGCAGAGAAGAUGGCGCGUGGCGAAGAUGUCGUGAAUGACAAGCGUCGGCGCAAGGGCUGCGCAGCUGGCGCGAUGAAGAAAAGGAAAGGAGGAAAGCUGGCCGCUGGGAAGGAAGCCAAGGGAGACGGAGCGCCUGAUGGCGACGCCGAGGAUGGCGAACUUGAGAGUUCAGGCGGCGAGGACGCCGAGGAGAAUGGCAGCUCGAAUUCUGGUGACGACUACGACGACGUUGGCGGAGGAGGAGAGGAAGAGGCUGCUGGUGGCCAUGCCGACGCGGGUGGCGCAGGGGGCGCCGGCGUCCACGCUGACGGGGGCGGCGGAGGAGGAGCCGGCGGCGGCGGCGGCGGGCUUCCGGCUUACAUGUUCGACGAGGAGACGGGCAGGGUUACGCUGCCCGACGGGACUGCUGUGGGGCGCAUUUCGAUGAUCAAGGUGGGGACUACGCAAGAGGCAGUGUCGAUAUAUUGCAAUUGGCACGGUUGCAAAAUGAUGAAGAGAGUGAUUGCAGCGCCGCCGUGUCAGCCGCUCAUCGAGUGGCUCGUUGCAGGGACCGCGACGCCAAAGCGACGCGGUGCUGCCGAUGUACGGAUGCACGAGGCAUCCUUCCCAGCUGCAGGUUGA